AUGAAGAUACAAGCAGAAGCUCAUUACCUUACACUUCUGCUUCUCUUUCCGGCCCUUACAUCUGGAGUAACAUUAGAUUGUGACCGCGUCGUUGCUGACGGCAAAUCAUGGACCCUAACUCCUUUGGCUGGCCCUCACUCCGUCUACCAUGUGGUUGAACAUCCCCCAACCACCAUCAAUACCACAUACACGAUUGACAUAUGCAAACCGCUGAAAGAAACGGAGUGCCCAUCAGGGACAAUGGUCUGCGGUGUGCAACGGUCAUCGGAUGACAACAAACUAUUGGGUGCUAUUCCAAUCGCGGGUAUAUUUGUCCAGAAUUCUGGCAGGAACCUCAAUCCCAAGGUUACGCGGCUUAAAGCGAGCGAUUCCCAGCAUGAAGGGCUACGGAUCGAACUCCACGGUGGGAAAUAUCCUUUUAACGGCAGGGACUAUGAUCAACAGGCCGUCGUAGAAAUGACGUGUGAUCGCUCGCGCAGCGGCUUGGAAGGCGAUUGGGCUGGCAAGAUGGCUACCCUGGCCGAUGAAGAUGGACCUGGCGAUGAUAAAAAAGAUAGUAAACCAGAUGAUGACAAAAAGGCCGAAGAGAAAAGUCUUCGGUUUAAGAGCUACGGACAGGUUGAUAAUGUGUUUGUUUUGAGACUGGAUUGGGUAACGAAGUAUGCUUGUGAAGACUUCGAGGACGAUGGAAGCGGAAAAGCUGCCCACUGGGGCUUCUUCACCUGGCUGAUUGUGAUUGUCUUCCUGUGCACCUCUGCAUACCUCAUUUUUGGCUCUUGGUUGAACUACAACCGCUACGGUGCUCGUGGCUGGGAUCUCCUUCCCCAUGGCGAUACCAUUCGCGAUAUCCCUUAUAUAUUGAAAGACUGGGGCCGGAAAGUGGUUACCACCGUACAAGGUCCUGGACCGCGAGGCGGCUACAGUGCGGUCUAA